AGUAGAGACUGGAUUAUUUCAAGGGUGAAGAAUGAUCUGUACGAGAUUAGCUACCAUUUUCUUCCUAUUCACUGUCUUUGGCGUUAAGUAAGUCUCAUUACAAUUAAGUUAAUAAAGUAAUAAAUUACAUUUAAUUAGUUAUAUGGUUUAAUAAGGUUAUUAAAAAAAAUUUCCACCUUUUUAACCCGUUUUUCGUUCAUUAACCGAGAAAUAGUUGUUUCUAUUCUAAAUAUGUUGAUAUUUAGCCAAAAGGAUACAAGAAUUCGGAAAAUUUUCUUUAUAUUAUUUCAUUUUUCCUAAAGCGUUUAAGUAGGCGUUAAGCAUGAAGGCAAUAAAAAAAAUUAGACGUAGAAGAUUAGGAGUAAAAGAAUACGAGAAAACAAAAAAAAGAGAAAGAGAGAGAGAAAGAGAGAGAAGGAAGAAGAGAUGAGAUGGGAAUCGUAAAGAGAGAAUAUAGGUUAAUUUAUACGGGUUUGUUUUUAGAUGUAAUCAAGAUAUAUACAUAUUUUUAUCUAUAUAUUAUUAUAGUAAUUUUCUGUUUGGUUUUAUCGUAGAAAAUGUUCUUCUGUAAAAUCAAUCAAGUAGUUUAAAUAGCUAUGUUUUUCUACUUUCACUUUGAGAGUAACUUUAAAAUAAAUCGACCUUUUUACAGUAUAUAACACUCUAAUAUGAUGAUUAAAUACUUGUUUAGACGAUAAACGACACAUUAAUGAGCAUAUAUAUGUAUACAUAUAUCAGCGACUAACAUAAAAAUGAAUACUUUUGGCCACGCCUUCUCGACAAUUAAUCACCCGAUAAAUGCUCUUAAAAAAACAUAUAGAUAGUAUUUUCCUACUUUGCCAUAAAAUUUGAUCGAGUAGGCCCAACUGAGAAAAAGUGAAAAGAACCGAUUCGUAUCUUGCUCUCUCCCUCUCCCCCUCUGGAAUGAUAGGCUUUAAUUAUAGAAAACUUUUCAACCCUUCAGGCUUUCUCGCAUGGAUUUGCGUUCGUUUACGGAAGUUUUUGAGCGAGGCUACUUAAACAAACUGGCGCCUAACGUAAACGUUAUCGGUGAAAUUGUUUUAAAACUCGACGAAGGAAAUUGGAAGUUUACAGAAGAUUUUAGCAAACUUUCUCUUCUUGUUUGGCAAGAAAUUUCUUGGAACGAUUCAACAAGAAAAUGGGCCCCUAGUAAUGAUAGUAAGACUAUUGAGAAUGCAUCUAUGAGGAAAACAGAUAUAUGGACACCGAGUAUUUAUCUAUUCAAUCCUAACGAAAACUAUGAAUCUAUUCAUAAAUCGGAUGUCGUUCAAGUAUAUAGUACUGGAACUUUUAUGAUGGAAGAAGGCUUUCGAACAACUUUACCUUGUAGGAAUAAUACGCCAUCUGGCGAAUCGAUUAGCUGCUUCUUCCGUUACAUGGUAUACGGUCUAGGAGAAACAAAAGUCAAUAUUAAAAUGUUUGGAGCCUCGCAAAAAUUCGAGGUUGCUCACGUUUCAAUUGUAAAGAACGAAGAUGAUAGAAAUAUAGGAGCGAAAACGGUCAAUAUGAAGAUUUCAAAGAAUAUUAUUAUUAAUAAUAAGGACGACAAUAGUUCAUCUGAAUUUACUUAUUCAGUCUCCUGUUUGCUUUUAGUAUUUUGCAGUUUCUUAUUUAGGUAAUUAAGUGUAUUCUUUCAAUUUUUUCUUCUUCUACUUCUAAUUCUUCUUCUACUACUUCUUCUACUUCUUCUUCUUCUACUUCUUCUUCUUCUUCUUCUUCUUCUUCUUCGUCUAAUUCUCUUUUUCUUUUAAUUCUUCUAUUUCUUUUUUAAAAAGAGAAAAAAAGAAGCAAUCGUUUGCCUUUAGCUUAAUUUUUUAGGACAUAAAAAAUGAACUAGAUUUCUUAAUUAUUACCUAAAAAGGGAGAGAAAAGAUAAAAAUGAAUGAGUUGAAAUAAUAAGAUUAUUAUGUAGUACAAAAAGAAAUAGAACAUUCUAGGGAUUUUAUUUAUUUUUUUCUCUUUCUUUUUAAAAAAAAAGAAAUACUAAUUAUUUUAAUAAUUAAUAAAUACUUUGAAAGUUCAAUCGGAUUUGUUAAAAGUUUGAAUAUUUAGAGAAGAUGAAAUGAGUGAAAUCUCUUCUUCCUCUUCUAACAUUACUACUGUAUUUCCCUUUAUAUUUUGAUUUCUCUAUUGACUUUCUCCUCUUUCCUUCUUUGAUAUCUCAUAUUUUUGUUUUUUAUUCAGUUGUGCCUAUUUUUUUAUCUACAAUUUCUUUUUUAAUCAAUUUAUUAUUUAUAUAAAAGUGACUUGAUAUGUAUAAGGACAUAUAUACUAAAAUAUAUAUCUUGUUCUUUAUUUCCGGUGUCGAUUUCUUGCGUGGAGUUUUAUCAUAAGAAACAUUUGCUUAAGAAUUGUAUAGGGCUACUCAUAAUGUAAUGGUAUAUAUGGAUGCAUAUAUACAGGAUAAACUGUAUGCAUGUAUAUCCUCAUGAUCUGAAAUUAUCUUUUACGUUGUAUACUGUUUGCUGAUUGUUUGCUACAAUAGAAAGAAAGGAAAGGUUUAUUAACUUUUUUAAUUAAUUAACUAGUUAUUUCUUUUAUCUAACGGGUUUAAAAGAAAUAGACAUGAAAGGGGUUGCGGAAAAUCAAGGGAAAAGAGUAGGGAACUUUUCAUUGGAAAGCAGUAAAAAGUAGUAUACAUGUUAAAGAUAAUCCUCAACUGAUUGUGUAUUGGCAAUGACAUCUCUUUCUUCUUGAAUUAACCUUUCUUUUAGUUCUAUAUAAUCUAUCGUAAAAGGUUGGUAUGCGCUUUUGUUUUCGUGCUGUUGUAUUGCUCUUGUGUAUGCAUAAUGCAGUUUUUUCCCCAGAUUAGCUUCUCAUCAAUUAGUGCUUUAUAUUGUUGAGAUUAACUUAGUUGAAAGGAAUAUAGGUAUUUUUUAUUCUUCUGCUAUCAAAUAAAUUAUUAUGUUUAAUAGAUGACCUACAUUUAUUUCUGCAGAUAAAUCGUGCAACUAUUCCUUUGCACGUAAGGUGCGGUGAAAGUCUAGAUAUAGUUAUUACAGUAGAUAGCUUUUUCUAGAUCAUUUCCGUCGCAUCUUUACCAGCUCAUAAUAGCGUAUAAAUGAAAGCAAGAUCUAAGCACGCAUCUAGUCUUAUUUUAUAAAUACAUAAACAGUGUAUGGCUUACAAUGUUUGUAGGUAUAACCAAAAUAGAAAAUAAGACAAGUUUGGC